AUGCUCGCGACACCUGCGUCGCCCUCAGCACACCAGCGGCAUCCCAAGACGUUUGCAGGCAUGCCCAGGCCACGGCAGCUGUGGCGUCUCGCAGUCGGCGCGGCUAUCGCAACAAUACUCUGCUUGAUACAACUGUCAAGUGGAUCUGUCGCCAACCCCUCGGGCGUCAACUGGGCUGCAGUUGACCUCGACGCCGCACACGGAGGCCCCACGGUCGUUGCCAAGAGUCGCGUCCUCGUCACCGGCGGCGGUGGUAUGAUUGGCAAGCGUGUCGUUGCCCGCCUCCUCGCGUCCAACACCCGUGUCACCGUGCUGGACACCAUCUUCUUUGACAAUGAGCUCGCCGCGUUGCGCACCGCGUUCCCACGCGCGGAUCUCCGAGUGGUCCACGGCGACAUUCGCGACCCUGCCAAGCUCACAGAGGCCAUGGACGGCGUCGGCGGUGUCGUCCACCUCGCCGCCGUGAGCCGCGUGCUGUGGUGCCUGGAGAACGACCGCGACUGCUUCGACGUCAAUGUACGCGGUACCCAGCUGGUCAUCGAGGCCCUCGGCGAGGGCUGGUUCAUCCAAGCCUCGUCCCGCGAGGUGUACGGCAACCCCGACAAGCUCCCCGCGUCCGAGACGACACCGCGCAAGCCGGCCAACAUUUACGGCGAGUCCAAGUCGCGCGCCGAGGAUGUCAUCACCGACCACAUCAAGAAGAACAGCGCGUCUUACCAGAUCAACGCCAUCAUGCUGCGCCUGUCAAACGUGUACGGAUCGUCGGCAGACCACCGCGAGCGUCUCGUCCCAGCCAUCAUGACCAAUGCCCUCGCCCACCGACCUAUCCAGAUUGUGGGAGGUGACCAGGACCUCGACAUGGUCUUUGUCGACGACGUUGUCAACGCCAUGUCGCUGGCCAUCAACCGCUUGGAGGAGAAGCACCAGAAUGGCGAGACAGGUUCGGUGUCGGCGUUCAACGUUGGCACGCCCAGGUCCACCUCUGCCAUGAUGCUUAUCCGCAAGAUUCUCUGGCUCACAAACUCGUCGUCGCCACUCCAGACUCUGCCUGGAGACGCACGCUUCCCCGACAAGUACGUCGGUGUCACGUCCAAGGCCACCAGUGAGCUCGGGUUCACGGCCAAGGUCGGUAUCGACGCUGGCCUGCACUCGCUGGCCAAGGCAUACAUCACCGAGACGCGCGGCUACCUGUCCGCCAAGCGUGACGAGUUUGCCUGCGACACGCCCAAGGCGUACCUCGCUCGCGACCUCUUGGCUCUGGACGGAUGCUCCGGAACGCUGGCUGCCAAUGUCGACGGACAGCCAUUCUACGCCACGUAUGAGCCUGCCAGGGACGGCAACCCCGAUUUCUGGGGCUGGAAGGACGACGACGAGCCGCACCCGUGGGACUUUGAGGUCAAGAAGGUCAGCGGCGAGAUCGUUGUCCAGCUCUGGCAGACACACGACGACAAGCGCAUCCCGUUCGAGGUGCCAGGUGAUGACGUUCUGAAACGCCACACCUCGUUCCACGCCAUCGUUCAACCCGGCACGGGCUUUGUUUCGCUCACGCUGGGCAGCUCUGGGAUGCCUCUGCAGACGUGGAAGGAGAACGAGGUCCCCGCCCAGCGUGUCUUGAAGGCUGGAGAGGCAAAGCCCGUGGCACCGUUUGCCUUCCGUCUGACCCCCUUCUGCUGUGCCCACAAGCCGGCCCCGUGGCCAUUCUACCGCGACGACCCGCUUGCGUCGGGCAUCCUCGACGCGCGUGCCGAAAAGGUCCGGUCGUUCAACGCGUCGCAGAUGACGACGUUGUGCUCUCGUCUCAGCGCCGCCGAUCAAGUCGCCGAGAACCGCAUUGAGAAGCUCAACGCAAUGCCCCAGCCUGUCGUGCUUGACCAGGCACAGCUGCCCACCGGUCGUCCUGCCGACUGGCGUGUGCGCAAGCUCGACACAUGUACCAACCUCUGCGACCACCCGACCAUCUGUGUGGACACGGGCGACUGUGCGUGCGGUCAGGCGACCUGCUCGCCCAUCCAGCGCUUCCCGUUCGCGGCGCAGGCCAACCUGCCUGGCCUGUCGUACCCUCCCGAGACCUUUGACUGGGACGACGUGACGGCCAAGGACCCCGCAGCGCUCGUUGCGGCAGUUGAGAAGAGCACGUGGCUCAACGUCCUCCGUCCGUCGGCCCGCCGAUACCUCUCUCGCACGCCUGCCUUCCCCGCCACUGCCGUCGCCAGGUGUCCCAACGACGUCGAGGAGAAGAAGAAGAAUGACGCAGAGUCGUUUGAAAAGCUCCAGACCGAGUGGCACGGCUGUUUCUCCGCCGACUCUGUCAUGGAGCGCGGCGCAAAGUUGAUUGCAAAGGACUAUAGCCCUGGUUCGCUGGUCUUCCUGCCAUACUAUGCCUACAACGGCGGCCUGAGGUUCCCCGAGAUCCCACCAUGGGUUGCGCACGCUGUCGAGCCCUACCCCAAGGACUUUGACGUGAGCGACCUGAUGAUGCCGUUCACGUUCGACUGGGGCCGCUGCAACACGAUCCUUCACAACCUGUACCGCGUCCGCGACUGGAGUUCCACCCCGGACGAGAUUGUGCGCGCGUCGGCCUGGCAGCCAAUGGGCGACCUGAACAGCCCUUGCUACUUUAUGGACCAGGACGUGGUUAUCCCCGCACGUACCUGCCUGCAGGACAAGCUCCGUGAGCGCUUUGGCGCCAUUUCGCAUGUGCCACCGUCGCGUGCGCGCUCGGUCCUCGUCACAUUCAAGGGCAGCCCGAACGGUGCCGGAUCGUCUGUCCGCCAAAAGCUGUCGUGUGACCGUGUGCGCAGCACCGAGCCGGCCAACCUGCUCGGCGGACAUGCGCUCAAGGCGUUCUGGAACGAGCUCAAGCCCGGAGCGGACUACCUCGAGACCAUUGCCGACACGGUCUUCUGCCCCCUGCCUCGCGGUACAACCGGCUGGGCCACGCGCAUGAAUGAUGUGAUCUAUGGUGGCUGUAUCCCCGUUCUUCUUGGAGACCAGACCCACCACCCGUUCUGGGACAUUCUGGACUGGUCCAAGAUCAGUGUCACCGUGCCCGACUAUGAGAUUGAGAACCUCGAGUCCAUCCUCAUGUCGUACACGUGGGCCGAGAUCCAGCGCAUGCAGACCAACCUCAUCCUCGUCCGCGACGCGUUCCUCUACCCGUCCGAGGGCGACAUGUUCUCCAACACGCGUGACCGCGGACCAUUCUUCUUCGCCAUCCACUCGGCAUCGCUGCUCAAGCAGACCAAGUUCCCCACCUAA